GAUUUUGGUUUAAGAAGAAAAGUUUUGUCCAUGACUGCUGACAACGCUAGUAACAUGGAUGCUUGUGGUGACCAUCUUGCUAGAAUGUUGAAAUAUUAUUAUGAUAAUACCGCCUUUUGCAGAUUACGAUGUGCUGCCCAUAUACUUAACCUUGCUGUCGUCAAUGGUCUUUCUAUGAUUGAUGCGUCAACAAAAAAGGCGCGAGAUUUCGCAAGCCAUAUUCGUCGCUCCCAACACUGCCUAGAAGAAUUAAAGAAAAUUUUCGCAAUGAAAGGCCAACCAUUUUAA